AUGGCCUAUGUCGUGCCCAUCCACCGGGCAAGCAGCAUUCGCCAUGCAGUGAAACUGAACUUCUUCUCCGCGGAAGAAGAGUGUCUAGUCGCAGCAAAAGCCAGCCGACUUGAAUUCUACAUCCUCACACCCGAUGGAAUUGUUCUUACUACCACUCGCGCUUUGUAUGCGCGGGUCACCAUGCUCGCGCGCCUACCCGCGCCGGCAAAUUCGAAAACCGAUCAUCUCUUUGUCGGCACGGAUCAAUACAACUAUUUCACAAUAGCAUGGGACCGCGAGACAAAACAAAUCAUCACAGCCCGCACCUGCGUCGAUAUCGCCCAGCCCUCGUCCCGGGAGUCUCAAUGCGCACCGCGAUGCCUGAUGGACCCGACAGGACGGUUCAUGACGCUGGAGGUAUACGAGGGAGUGAUAGUUGUUGUGCCGAUUGUGCAGCCGACGAAGAAACGAGGUCGACCGUCAAUGGCAGCGCCCCAGACUGAGUUACCGCUGCAGGUGGGCGAAUUGGAUAAGCCCACUACAUCGCGCAUUGACGAGCUUUUCGUUCGAUCUUCUGCAUUUUUGCACUCAGAGUCGAACCCCUGGUUCGCAUUGCUAUACGAAGAUAAUCAGCAGAAGGUGCGACUCCGGAUUCGUGAGCUGGAUUUCACAGCUGGUACUUCGGGGACUUCGGCGGAUGCUACUUUCAAGGAGGUGCCGAAGCUGGAAGGGGGCGAGUUCGGACAGGAGCUCGAUCUUGGCUCGUCACAUCUUAUACCCAUUCCGGCACCGCUUGGCGGUCUCAUUGUUCUUGGAGAGACAUCCAUCAAAUACAUUGACGAUAAUGCGAACGACGUGAUCACGCGGAACCUUGACGAGGCGACGGUCUUCGUGGCCUGGGAGAAGGUUGACAGUCAGCGGUGGUUAUUGGCUGAUGAUUACGGGAGGCUAUUUUUCUUAUCUUUCAUCCUGAAUAGCUCGGGCGAAAUCGAUGACUGGAAGCUCGAGUUUCUGGGCAAGACCUCCCGGGCAUCUGUACUGGUCUAUCUCGGCGGCGGCAUGUUGUUUGUUGCCUCGCACCACGGCGACUCGCAGGUCCUCCGGCUUGAUGGAACCUCGUUCAAGGUCAUCCAGACAUUGUCUAAUAUUGCUCCUAUCCUUGAUUUUACCAUCAUGGAUCUUGGCAACCGCACGAAUGAGAGCCAAACGCACGAAUUUUCCUCCGGGCAGGCUCGAAUUGUAACGGGUUCUGGUGCCUUUGAUGAUGGAACGUUACGCAGCGUUCGCAGCGGCGUUGGCAUGGAAGACUUAGGUGUGUUGGGAGAGAUGGAGCACAUUACUGAUAUGUGGGGACUGCAGACUCAAAGCACAGGCGAUUUUUUGGAUACGCUGAUUAUCACGUUUGUGGACGAAACACGCGUGUUGAAGUUUAGUCCAGACGGAGAAGUAGAGGAGUUGGAGAAUUUCCUGGGGCUUUCACUCACGGAGAGUACUCUCUUCGUUACAAAGCUCCAGGGGGGCCGUAUUCUCCAAGUCACAGAACAACGCGUGCUUGUGGCUGACAUAGAAAGCGGCAUGGUGAACUUCGAAUGGGCACCUCAGAACCGGAAGCUGAUUACUGCGGCAUCGGCCAAUGACGACCAUCUGGUUCUCGUUGUCAGCGGGCAAAUCGUGACAUCGUUUGAUAUCAGAGAUAAUGUUCAGCUAAUCAUGGAGAAGGAUCUUGGUGCUGACCAGCAAAUAUCUGGCUUGACUGUCCCAUCAACGCCAACUGGAGUUUUUAUCGCAGGUUUCCCCCAAUCGGCCAAUGUGUCAAUAUUGGCUGUUAAGGACUUUGCUGUGCUUCAAUCAAAGUCCUUGGGUCCUACCGGGGAGAGCUUCCCUCGAUCGAUUCUCGUGGCUGAGGUGCUUGCAGACAGCCAGCCUACUCUCUUCAUAUCGAUGGCUGAUGGCUCUGUCAUCACUUUCUCCUUGAAUACAGAAGACCACUCUCUAAGUAAGAUGACCAAGCUGAUUCUGGGUUCUGAGCAACCGAUCUUCAAGAAGCUCCCCCGUGGUGACGGCCUAUAUAAUGUUUUCGCUACUUGCGAGAAUCCCAGCUUGAUCUACGGCUCCGAGGGCCGAAUUAUCUACUCUGCAGUGAACUCUGAGGGUGCAUCCCGAACCUGUCAUUUGAACACAGAGGCCUUCCCAGACGCCAUCGCCGUGGCCACCGGCAAGGAGCUUAAGAUAUCACUUGUUGACAGAGAGCGCACAACCCAAAUUCAGACGUUAUCGAUGGGCUCGACAGUCCGUCGUGUUGCAUAUUCCCCGUCCGAGAAGGCAUUUGGAAUUGGCACGAUUGAUCGCAAACUCGAAGAUGGCGCCGAGAUUGUCAAGAGCUACUUUGUUCUUACCGACGAAAUCAUGUUCCGGCGUCUCGAUGCGUUAGAAAUGGGGCCCGACGAGCUGGUAGAGAGUGUUGUCCGGGCUGAGCUUUCAGCAGGCAAGGACGAGAAUGGAAAAGAGAUCACGAAAGAUCGAUUCAUUGUCGGCACGGCAUUCGCAGACGACGAGAAAGAGGACUCUAUCCGCGGGCGGAUCCUCAUUUUGGAAGUCGACCAUGGCCGCAAGCUAAGUCUAGUCGCCGAGCUGCCAGUUAUGGGCGCGUGUCGGGCCCUAGCGAUCAUGGGUGAUUGUGUUGUUGCGGCACUCGUUAAGACUGUCGUUGUCUACAAAAUCAAAGUCAAUAAUGUUGGACCAAUGAAGCUCGAGAAGCUUGCUGCUUAUCGGACUUCUACCGCGCCAGUCGACGUAACAGUCGUCGGCGAUCUGAUCGCGGUGGCGGAUCUCAUGAAGAGUCUUUGUCUUGUUAAGUAUACCCCCGGUAACGCCGGGGAACCUGCUAAGCUCAUCGAAAUCGGUCGUCACUAUCAAACCGUCUGGAGCACAGCGAUUGCCUGUGUUGGAGAUGAGACGUUCCUCCAGAGCGACGCCGAGGGCAAUCUUAUCGUUCUAUCGCGCAACAAUGGAGUUACCGCGCAGGAUAAGCAUCGGAUGGUUCCUACCAGUGAAAUCUCGCUGGGAGAGAUGGUUAAUCGUAUCAGACCGGUUAAUAUUCCACAGCUUGCCAGCGUAACAGUGACACCGCGAGCGUUCAUGGCAACGGUUGAGGGUUCCAUCUUCCUCUUUGCCGUGAUCAACCCUGACCACCAAGAUUUCCUUAUGACUCUGCAAGCCGUACUAUCUACCAAAGUCGAGUCAUUGGGUAAUUUGGCUUUCAACAAGUUCCGUGGCUUCAGAACUAUGGUCCGCAGCGCCGAUGCACCUUACCGUUUUGUAGACGGCGAGCUUAUUGAAGAAUUCCUGAAUUGCACGCCAAGCAUGCAAGAAGAAAUCGUACAGGAGAUAGGCUCCUCGGAUGUUGAGGAGGUCAAGGCAAUGAUCGAAGCCCUGCGGAGGCUCCACUGA